AUGGAUGGAAGCAGCUGCGACGAGAGCACGAUGAGCGACUCCCCAUCUCUGUGCCUUGUGGGGAUCAUAAAUGGGCGGAAGCUGCCGUCGUCCCGUUUCAAGGGUGUCGUCCCGCAGCCCAACGGCCGCUGGGGCGCCCAGAUCUACGAGAGGCACAAGCGCGUGUGGCUCGGCACUUUCACCACCGAGGACGAGGCCGCCCGCGUCUACGACACCGCCGCGCUGCGCUUCCGCGGCCGCGACGCCGUCGCCAACUUCCCCACCGCGCCCGUCGUCGACUCCGUGGAGGAGACCUUCCUGGCGUCACGCUCCAAGGCCGAGGUCGUGGACAUGCUCCGCAAGCACACGUACGCGGACGAGCUCGAGCAGUGCCGCCGCCACGGAGGAUCAUUCCUCCCGCCCCGACGAGUCCCCUCGGGCCCCCGCGAGCACCUCUUCGAGAAGGUGAUGACGCCCAGCGACGUCGGCAAGCUCAACCGCCUCGUCAUACCGAAGGAGCACGCGGAGAGGCACUUCCCCCUCGAGAACAGCAACAGUUGUAAAGGGGUUCUGUUGAAUUUCGCGGAUGGAGAUGGGAGGGUGUGGCGGUUCAGGUACUCGUACUGGAAUAGUAGUCAGAGCUAUGUGUUGACCAAAGGCUGGAGCUGUUUCGUGAAGGAGAAGAAUAUUCGGGCUGGGGAUGUUGUGGCUUUCCAGAGGUCGGAGGGACAGCUGUACAUCGACUUUAAGCAUAAAAUUAGCGGUGCUGGGUCAGGAUCGGGGUUGAGAUCGGGAUUGGGAUUAGGAUCGGGAUCGGGGUCGGAUCAGGUAGUAAGGCUGUUUGGAGUGGACAUAUUCCAGGUCAACCGAGGUGGGUCGGCGAGGAGGGAUGAUGAUGAUGAUUGUAUGGUGGGUUUGGAGUUGGGGUUUUUGAGGUUGAGUCCCAGCAAGAGACAAAGUAAUUUGCUCAUACAAUUUAUGUGCCAAAACAAGAAUACAUUCAAAAAUAAAAUAAAUAAAUAA